UUUGCCGCGAGUCUUGUGUGUGAAAGGCGGUGUUAAGCUAUGGAUGUCAAACACACACACACACAAACAUUAAAAUCACACAAUCUAUGCAUCGCACUCAUAGACUGUAAAAUAUAGAUCGCACUCCAAAAUGGGCGUCUACUUCUCUUCUCUUUGGACACGACUGUUUGAGAAAAAACAGACGAGGUUGCUUAUGUUUGGUCUGGAUGCAGCAGGGAAAACUACAGUCCUCUACAAACUCAAACUGGGUGAAAUUCUCACAACUAUUCCAACUAUUGGAUUUAAUGUGGAGACGGUUGAAUAUAAAAACAUCUCAUUCACUGUGUGGGAUUUCACUGGUCGAACUACAAUGAGAAGCCUUUGGAGACACUACUUUAACAACACUCAGGGUCUGAUCUUUGUGGUGGACUGCAGUGAUCAUGACAGGAUUGAAACAGCAGCAGAGGAACUGAAUUCACUGCUGGUGGAGGAUGAAUUGAGAGACGCUGUUUUACUGGUUCUGGCUAACAAGCAGGAUUUACCCAAAGCCAUGCCGGCCCAUGAGCUGACAGACAGACUGGGUUUACAUGCACUGACUGGAAGACAGUGGUUUGUUCAGUCCACAAGUGCAGUUCAGGGAUCUGGUUUAUAUGAAGGAUUCGACUGGCUCACAGAUCAACUCUCCAAACAGCAAUAAUGCUGGAAAUAUGUUCAGAUUUCUGAUGCUUGAAGAAAAACACUACUGUAAUGGAUUGUAUUUAUUAUGCAACAACCUCAUUUUGAGUGAAAUGAAAAACCAAAUUAUUUGAUAUGGUUAUAUUCUGAAAAAUAAUAAUGUGUUGUAUAUUCUUUUGUAUUUGUAAUUUGGAAUAAUGUGCUGGUGUCUGUGUCUU